ACCUCUGAACCCCCGGGUUCCCACGUGGUUAGAAUGGAGGAGCAGAGAAACGUGCGGAGCGAGAAGAGAGGAGAAAUGAAGAAAGCAGUUAAGAAAACAGCGAAGAAGAGGAGUAAAGAGGAGGAAGAGGAGCAGAUCCAGAUCUUCAACUUUAACAAGACACCCGCUGAGGAAGAGGAGGACGAUGAUCUGUCAGACAGUGAGGACAGCGUCUACUCAGGACUGGAGGAUUCUGGGAGUGACUCUGAGGACAAAGAGGAUAAGGAGGAAGAUGGAGCAGAUGACGACGACGACGAUGAUGAUGAUGAAGAAGAAGAAGAGGGACCGAGUCAGCAGACAGAGAAGACAACAAAGGCGGGAGGGGUGAGUGAAGGAGAGAAGAAGGAAGAUGAGUACGAGCGCGACUCUUCAGACGAGGAGGACAUCAGGAACACGGUGGGGAAUAUUCCUAUGGAGUGGUACAAAGAUUUCCCUCACAUUGGCUACGAUCUGGAUGGGAAGAAGAUCUAUAAGCCAAUCAGGAACAAGGAUGAACUUGAUGAAUUCCUGGAUAAAAUGGAGAACCCGGACUACUGGAGAACGGUGCAUGACAAGCAGACAGGAAGUGACAUCGUGCUGUCUGAAGAUCAGGUGGAGCUGGUGAAUCGUCUGCAGAGAGGACAGUUCGGAGAUGUCAACUUCAACGAGUAUCAGCCGACGGUGGAAUUCUUCAGCAGCGACGUGAUGAUUCAUCCUGUCACCAACAGACCUGCCGACAAACGCAGCUUCAUCCCCUCGCUCACAGAGAAGGAGAAGGUGUCCAGAAUGGUCCAUGCUAUAAAGAUGGGUUGGAUCAAACCUCGGCGGGUGGAGGAUGAUAGCAGGGGGCGGUACUACGACCUGUGGGCCAGCGAGGACUCAUCUAUUCUGGCCAGGCACAGGAUGCACCUGCCUGCCCCCAAAAUUCCUUUACCUGGUCACCACGAGUCCUACAAUCCCCCACCUGAGUACCUGUUCACUGACGAGGAGAAAGCUGUGUGGGAGCAGCAGGAUCCAACAGACAGGAAGUUGGCAUUCGUUCCCAGGAAGUACUCAAGCCUCCGUCAGGUUCCCGCAUUUCCUCGUUUCAUCCAUGAGAGGUUUGAGCGCUGCCUUGACCUUUACCUGUGCCCGCGGCAGAGGAAGAUGAGGGUGAAUGUGGAUCCAGAGGAUCUGAUUCCCAAACUUCCCAAACCAAAAGACCUGCAGCCAUUUCCCACCACACAGUCCCUGGUCUAUCGAGGUCACAGCGGUCUGGUUCGCUCCAUCAGCGUCUCUACAUCAGGGCAGUGGCUCGCCUCAGGUAGUGACGAUGGCUCUGUCAGAUUCUGGGAGGUGUGUUCGUCUCGCUGUAUGAAGACAGUUCAGGUGGGCGGAGCUGUGAAGAGCGUCGCCUGGAACCCAAACCCGUCCGUCUGUUUGCUGGCUGUCGCCCUGGACUCCGUGGUCUUGAUCCUGUCUCCCUCUCUAGGAGAUAAACAGGUCACCGUGCUGUCAGAGAGACUCCUCAGUGGCCAGCAGGAGGAGGCACCAGCAGAAGGGAUGGGGCCUGUUGUCUGGAGUGAGGCUGAGGAGGAGGAGCUAAACCAGGGGAUCCGCCUCAAAAUCCAACAUCCCAAAGCUGUCCACCAGGUGGCGUGGCACGCUAAAGGAGACUACCUGGCAUCGGUGAUGCCAGAUAACACAAGCCACCUGCAGGUGUGCAUCCACCAGUUAAGCCGGCGGCGGAGCCAGAACCCCUUCAGCAGGAACAAAGGUCUGGUCCAGUGUGUAUCCUUCCACCCAAUCAGGCCCUACUUCUUUGUGGCCACACAGCGCUCAGUCCGGAUCUACAACCUUGUCAAACAGGAAAUGACCAAAAAACUACAAGCCAACUCCAAGUGGAUCUCCAGCAUGGCCGUCCAUCCAGGAGGUGAUCAUGUGAUCUGUGGGAGUUAUGACUGUAAGCUGAGCUGGUUUGACCUUGAUCUCUCAACCAAACCCUACAAGAUUCUCCGGCACCAUAAGAAGGCAGUGAGGGGCGUGGCCUAUCACAGGGUGUACCCACUGUUUGCCUCAGCGUCUGAUGAUGGCUCAGUCAUCGUCUGUCAUGGGACAGUUUACAAUGACCUGCUGCAGAACCCACUCAUCGUUCCAGUGAAAGUCCUCAGAGGUCAUGAGAUGACUCACGACCUUGGUGUUCUGGAUGUAACUUUUCACCCCUCGCAGCCCUGGGUCUUCUCCUCUGGCGCCGAUGCCACCAUCCGCCUCUUCACCUAGCAACCACAAAUGCAAUUUUUCUAAUAUUUUUACUUUUAGAUGCAAUGACAUGACACCAUACGAGGCCUCACCCACUGGUAGUCUGGUUGUGAUGUCAUUUCCUGUUUGAAUAAACUGAACUUUUCUGAGUUUUUGUGUUUGAGAGCAGCGCCCUCUAUUGUUAGUCUGUGUAAAGGAGCUGAUGCCUUUGAUCAGCUGUGAGGCAGUUAAAGGUUGUUAAAAACACAUAUUGAGUGAUCACCCAGAAACAGCCAGUCAGAGUCUGAGAUGUUAAACAGCAAAUCGUGACAUCAUGGUGGCCAUCUUUACACAUAAUCAGCUGAGCGGCCUGGACCUCCCGUGAGCAAUCAUCUUAUGAGCACAGUUAUUCUAGUGUUAUAUUUGCUAAUUAAUUUGUAUGUAGCUUUGAGUUUAGUUUUCCUGAGUGUUUGUGCUGUUUUUAGGUUUUUGUUUUUUUGUUCUGAGCAGUGCGGUGGUUAGCAUUCACAACAAGAAGGUCCUGGGUUUGAAUCCACCAUCUGGCCGGGACCUUUCUGUGUGGAGUUUGUAUGUUGUCUGCGUGGAUUCUCUCCGGGUACUCCGGCUUCCUCUGUUGCGACAGGCUGGCGACCUGGCCAGAAUGUACCGUUCCUCUCACCUUAUGACAGCUGGGAUAGGGGCCCUGCAACCCUGAAUUGGAUAAGCAGCUGGAUGGCCUGAUGAUUCAGAACAAAUUUAUGCAAUAAAUCCAUGAAAUGUAAAUGUAUGAUGAGAACAUCGUCUGCUGACCUGUUUGACUGGCCAGCAAACUGCAGGACGUCUAGCAUGGGGCUUGUCAUGUCCUGCAGGUAGGUCACCACCAAUCUCAAAGCGUUUCAUGACUGCAGAUGUCAGGGCGACAGGUCUGUACAUUAAAAUAUGAUUUAAAGCGCUGCCUUCAAUUUUUAAGUUGAGUUUUUUUGUAACACAGCCGAAUAUUCUGUUGAUGAAAACUCACAUUGUCUGAACUCGUCUCAGUUUAGUUGACUUGGUUUUGCCAUUGAAUUCAACCAUCAGUCAUUUUGUACUUUGUAAACAAUUUCAGCUCAAUUAAAACUAUCUGUUUAAGCUCUUA